CACAGUCGCUUCUUUGUAAUAUCGGCUCCGGUCAGUGCAUGAGUCCAUUUAUCAGCUCUCGGGACUGUGUGAAGUCUCCACCGAACGACUGUUAGUAUAUGAGGACAAUUUACACGGCUUUACAACUUCCAACAAACGGGGGAAACAUUUGCGUAAACUUUUGGGGUGUUGCGACCUACUCUAGCGAACAACAACAUCCUCGACAACAAACAAGAAUGAUGACCCAAGAAGACGGGGACUAUGUAAACGACACUUAUGAAUACAUGGAUUAUGAAUAUGUAGAGGAGACCAAGGCUGGAGGCUACACUCAGAGAGAAGCUCUUCACAUCAUAUCAGUGAUUAUCUACAGCCUGGCGUUUACUCUGGGUGUAAUUGGGAAUGGCAUGGUCAUCUGGGUGACCGCCUUCAAAAGCAAACGGACUGUGAACAGCAUUUGGCUGCAGAAUCUGGCCAUCGCCGACUUUGUGUUUGUGCUUUUCCUGCCAUUCUCCAUUGACUACGUGCUGCGAGACUUUCACUGGCUCUUCGGGAAGACCAUGUGCAAGCUGAACUCAUUCGUGUGCACCAUGAACAUGUAUGCCAGCGUGCUGUUUCUGACCGUCCUGAGUUUGGAUCGCUACAUCUCACUGGUCCACCUGAACUGGUCGGAAAGGUACCGAAACAUCCGGAGGGCCUGGUGGGUGUGUGCGCUGAUUUGGAUCACGUCCUGCUGUCUAAGCUGUCCGGCCUUGAUAUUCCGUGACGUAAUCCAGCAUAACGGGAAGGUUGUGUGUUUUAAUAACUUUCACGAUGAGAGCAAGCACAUGGUAGCGGUGAGGCACAUUGCGAUGGUGUCGCUGCGCACCGUCGUGGGCUUUCUGCUUCCGUUUGCAACCAUCACCAUCAGCGGCGUGCUGCUGGCUAUUAAGAUGCGCCAGUCCAACUUGGUACGUUUGACCAGCUUUUCCAGAACCGUCUCUGCUGUGAUUCUUGCUUUCUUCCUAUGUUGGGUGCCGUUUCACACGUUCAGCCUAAUGGAGCUGAGCAUGCAUCACACCACCUACCUGCACUCUGUGCUCAUCGUGGGCUUCCCACUCGCCACCAGCCUGGCCUUCUUCAACAGCUGCGUCAACCCGAUUCUGUACGUACUGCUAACCAAGAAGGUGCGUAAACUGGUGAGGAGGUCAUGUUUGAACUUCACCAAGAGCUCGCUGAGGGAGCUGAGUCAGUCUGUGUCUGCGACGGAGUUAGACUCAGCACUGCCCAGCAGCUCUCCUGAAGAAACCACGGCCAACUCCUCCGUCUGAUGAGCUCAGCGAUCACCUCAAACGCACCUGAACUCAACAAACUUUGAGCUUUUUUUUUUUUUUUUAAUAAAACUGCUAGAGCUCCAACUGGAUUAAAAAUAUAUUUUCACAAACUGGUUGGGAAAAUACUGGCUUUCAUCCCUUAUA